AUGGAACUGGAAACGAGAGAUUCGCUGGACCGCAUGCUGGACUCCAGCACCCUGCCGCCCUUCUGCCCCUCCGAGCUGGACGACCUGCUCAAGCUCUUCAGCUCCGCGCCCGCGCCAUCCUCAACCCGCCCCGGCGCCACGCCCUUCGCCCACUCCACCCCGCCCGUCCCGCCCCCAGACGCCGUGGCCGCCGCCCACGGCCUCGCGCCCAUCAUCCCCGCCAACCCCCCGCCGCUGCUCGGCGGCCCCGCGAAUCAUCCCAUCCCGCCCAGGCGGUCGUCGUGGGCUGGGAACGCGUCGGCAUCGGCGCAGGCGUUCGGUGAGCCCCUGGCGCAGUUUCCGUCGGCUGGAGCGGCGAUCAUGGCCAUGGCUUCGCCAUUUGGAGCACCCCAGAGCAGCAACAGCGGCGGAGGGGAGGGAUCGUCUCGGGACGGUUCCCCCGUAGAGGCGCACAGCGCCACCGGGGGGUCCAACGGGGGUAAUGAAUCGAUUGAUGAGGGCAGAGAGGUUGGGGGCAUCAGUUUCAAGCCGGCGGCGCAGAUGUUCAUUUCAGGGGCGCCGUUCGUGUUCCGGGGGGUCGGUGGGGAGGAAGAGGGGGGGGAGGGACCCGGGGGGGGAGGGGGCGCGGCGGGGUCGAGCAGGAGGGUGCAGGCGCGCAAGGAGAGGAACAGGCGGGCGCAGAGGACGUUCCGGCAGAGGCAGAAGCACAAGAUGGCGGACCUGGAAGCGGAGGUAGCUGAGCUGGGCGCGCGGAUGAACGCGCUCAGGUCCAGCAACGCCCAGCUCAGCUCAAGCGUCAGCCUGCUCAACAAGGUCCUUGAGGUCCGCGAGGAGCAGCUGCUCGACGUGCAGCGAAAGGAGGCCGACGCCGACAGGCGCGACCGCGAGGCUGCGUCUGCCAGCAGGGGCCUGCAGCAGCUGUGUCAGGAGGAGCCGCUGUACCUCUCCGCCUACACGCAGAAUGAGCAGCCUGUCCGCAUGACAGAGGAGUUCGCUUCCCAGAUGACCCCUGAGAUUGGGCACGCUAUCUGGAUGGUGUAUGGCAGGGAGGUGUCCGAGUGUAUAAAGCUGCUGGCUCCAUCGACGCACCACCUCAAAAGCAGGGUUGUGCAGCUGGUGCAUGAACUGAAGAAGUGCAUGACCCUCCUGAUCCACCUCAACCCCGAAAAUUUUGCCAAGGUUAGGAAGAUAGCUGAGGCAGCAUGCCCCCCCGGCUACACUGCCGUUCGGAUGAUGAAGGAAGUGGUGUCUGCCCUGGAGUUGACCCCCCAGAUGAAGCGCGCAAUAGUGGACAAGUGGAAGUGGCUUCAAGCCGAGCAGCGGCGUGUGGCUGCUGAGACAAAGGACCUGAACGCGCAGUUCACCGCUUGCUUGCCCACACAGACCAGCACGGGGCCCAUCUCACAAGAGUACCUGUGCAACCAUAACCGCGUGGAGAAGAUGGGCAAACUGCUGAAGCAGUUCCAUGGUGCCAAAAUGGAGUACAUGCAGUACAUCAUAUGUGAGGUCCUGACGCCAUUGCAACUGGGCCGACUCAUAAGCGUGUGCUUCCCCAUGAUGCCCAACACCCUGAACCUGGGAGACAUCCUGGCUCGUGAGAUGGGCGAGAACCCCAACGAGCCCAGCAUCGAGGUGCAGCCCUCUCAACUCACCCCGCAGUGGAUGGACAUGCCGGACGGGUUCGGAUGCGGGCCACACAACUCCUGUGAGUUGACGCCUAGCAACUGCAGCCUCGAGUUGAUGAACCCGUCUUCGCUAUGUGACGAUCUGGGCCACCGGAUCAUCCAGCCAGGAAAGUGA